AUGCUAUCGGAAGGUUACCUUUACAGAAUCUCCUACCUUUGUGAAGACUUGAACCAUGAGCUCUACAGCAAGAGUUCAGCUGAGGAAGUGGUGUAUGAAAUGAGGUCCAUUAAUUAUUCUUCCACAGAUGAAGCACAAGAAAAAAGCCUCCUUCAGAGAUGCAGAUCUGCUGGCAAGUACUUUUCCUCAGUCUGCUCUAGAGGAAGCAAGCACAGCAGAAGGCAGAAGGAUAAUCUCCUACAGCCCACACAGCACCCCACGCCCUCAGGGCAGCCAUCUCCAACUACGCAUGCCUGUGAGGAGUUGACAAGAAAAGACACCUACCUGGUUCCAUCUUCCUGCAAAAGCAUCUGCAAAAACUACAACGAUUUGCAUAUAGCCGGGGAUUAUGUGGUGCCCAUUAGCUCAGUCACGACAGAUUUUACCUGCGACAGUGGCAUAGGCCCCUUCUUGGAGUCCUCAGAGAUUCCUCCCCCCAUGGAGUCCGUGAGGGUCCCCCCCAGUGACACCGGACGCAAGCUGGUCCAAGGCUACUCCUCGUGCUGGCGGCUGGCGAGUUUAGUGCCUCACCAGCAGCCCCUCUCCGAUUCAGCCCUGAACGACUACCUCGAACAGAAGCUGGUGGAACUCUAUAAGCAGUACAUCAUGGACAGCACAGCAAACAGGGCAUCCCCCACUCAGAUCCUGGCCUCGGAGCUAAUUAUGAGUAACGUAGAUCAAAUCAGCAUGCAGAUAUCACGGGAGAGGAAUAUGGAGACCACCAAGGCCAAAGACAUUGUCAUUAGCCGCUUCUUACAAAUAGCCAGUGAAAAAAUAUCUUCAGAAAUUAGCACACCUAGUCUGCAUAUUUCCCACUAG